CAGCAUUUGCCCUGAGAGAGCAGUUAAGCUGAUGCCCGGGACACGACAGGCCCACUCCCACCAGAUGGCCCACAGCCCCAACCUGCCCUGAGCCCCCACAGGGGCGCCCACCAGCACAGCCAGAAGAGCGCCGGUGCCAGGCUCCCCACACCCCAUCCCAGGGACACAACCACCCCGUCCCUGAAGCCCCUGGAGACCCCAUCACCUCCAGGGUCAGCUGGCCUUGCAGGCACAGCUCCCAGGACUGUGCCCAAGGGUGCCCUUUGCCAAGAUCACGCCCUCCCGGACCUCCCUCACCCGGCCCUCUCCCCGUGCUCAGAGGUGCGUCUGCGCGCCCAUGCCCAGAUCAUGGGGCCGGGAUGGCGCAGACCCCCCUCCCCUUCCCGGAAGGAGCCGGAAGAUCGCGGACAGGGGCGCAGCGAGGCGGUGCAGGGGGAGCAGCCGCCGCCCCCAUCCGUCCCUGCCGUCGGGGCUACAGGGACGCCCUGGACGCCCUGGGCCUGAAGCGCUACUGCUGCCGCCGCAUGCUGCUGGCCCACGUGGACCUGAUCGAGAAGCUGCUCAACUACGCGCCCCUGGAGAAGUGACCGGCCGGAGCCCCUGCCCCGCUCCCCCCACCCCGCCUGCUGCGCUGACAGCGGCAGUCAGUGUCCUGCCCAGAGCUCAUUAAAGCGAGGUGUCGGGAGCUGGGAGCAAUGCCUGACCACAGCACGGGGGCGUGUACCCCCCACUCUGGAAGGAGUGCCCAGUAAAGGUCUUUCAGAACCACCGA